UCCGGCUCCUCGCACCGCUGGAACGCUUUGCUCACCGCGCUUUCUCUAUAAAGUUGUUGUUGUGGCUUCCGCCGCGGGUGGAGGAAGAUGGCGUCGGGAGGUGGUGGCUGUAGCGCUUCGGAGAGACUCCCUCCGCCGUUCCCCGGCUUGGAUACGGAGUCUGAGGGGGCAGCCGGGGGGUCAGAACCCGAAGCUGGGGACAGCGACACCGAGGGGGAGGACAUUUUCACUGGCGCCGCGGCAGCGAGUAAACCCCAGUCUCCAAAGAGAACCACAUCCAUUCUUCCCAUCAACAAUGGCUCCAAAGAAAAUGGAAUCGAGGAGGAACAAGACCAGGAGCCACAGGAUCUCUUUGCAGAUGCCACAGUGGAGCUAUCACUGGACAGCACACAAAAUAAUCAGAAGAAGUUACCAGCCAAAACACUCAUUUCUCUUCCUCCACAGGAAGCCACAAAUUCUUCUAAGCCCCAGCCAAGCUAUGAGGAGCUAGAGGAAGAAGAACAGGAGGAUCACUUUGAUUUGACAGUUGGUAUUACUGAUCCUGAGAAGAUAGGGGAUGGUAUGAAUGCCUAUGUGGCCUACAAAGUUACAACACAGACCAGCCUACCAAUGUUCAGAAGUAAACAGUUCGCUGUGAAAAGAAGAUUUAGUGACUUUCUGGGUCUUUAUGAGAAACUUUCAGAGAAACACUCUCAGAAUGGUUUCAUUGUUCCUCCUCCACCUGAGAAGAGUCUAAUAGGAAUGACAAAAGUGAAAGUUGGGAAGGAAGAUUCUUCCUCAGCAGAAUUUCUUGAAAAACGGAGGGCUGCUCUAGAAAGGUACCUGCAGAGGGUUGUGAAUCAUCCUACCAUGUUACAGGACCCUGAUGUCAGGGAGUUUUUGGAAAAAGAAGAGCUGCCACGGGCUGUUGGUACUCAGACAUUGAGCGGUGCUGGUCUCCUCAAGAUGUUCAACAAAGCCACAGAUGCAGUCAGCAAAAUGACCAUCAAGAUGAAUGAAUCAGACAUUUGGUUUGAAGAGAAGCUCCAGGAGGUAGAGUGUGAGGAACAGCGCCUAAGGAAACUACAUGCUGUGGUAGAAACACUAGUCAACCACAGAAAAGAGCUAGCACUGCACACAGCCCAGUUUGCAAAGAGUCUAGCCAUGCUCGGGAGCUCUGAGGACAACACAGCAUUGUCACGGGCACUGUCCCAGCUGGCUGAGGUGGAAGAAAAAAUUGAGCAGCUUCAUCAGGAACAGGCCAACAAUGACUUCUUCCUCCUUGCUGAGCUCCUGAGUGACUACAUUCGCCUUCUGGCCAUAGUCCGGGCUGCCUUCGACCAGCGCAUGAAGACAUGGCAGCGCUGGCAGGAUGCUCAAGCCAUGCUGCAGAAGAAGCGGGAGGCUGAGGCUCGGCUGUUGUGGGCCAACAAGCCUGACAAGCUACAGCAGGCCAAGGAUGAGAUCACAGAGUGGGAGUCUCGGGUGACUCAGUAUGAAAGGGACUUUGAAAGGAUCUCAACAGUGGUCCGAAAAGAAGUGAUACGGUUUGAGAAAGAGAAAUCCAAGGACUUCAAAAACCACGUAAUCAAGUACCUUGAGACACUCCUGUAUUCACAGCAGCAGCUGGCAAAGUAUUGGGAAGCCUUCCUUCCUGAGGCAAAGGCCAUCUCCUAAUGGACCAAGGAUACCAGAGCCUACCUGUGUGACGCUGCCUUUUUAUACAUUCUCCUUCCCCUUGAUGGACCCCAGUGAUGCAUCUUGCCUAGGCUGGACUUAGCCCCUUCCUCCCUGCCCCUAUGACCAAGCUGUUCCCAGUUACUCUAACCAGUAUUUCAUUUAGCUUCCAUAUAUAUUUUCUUACCUAAGAGAAUAGUUUCCUGCUUUAAGCAAAAGACCUACAAUAGGUGGUGGAUUAUGGAAUAGGGGUGGAGUAUUGCUAUAAAUAUAUAAAUACAAAUGUAUAUUUUUCAGGAUGUGGUUUAGGAACUGGGAAUAACGUUUUCUGUUACUCCUGAUGGUGCCAUGAAAAGAUUAUGUAAUAAAAUAUUUUAAAAUCAGGUCACAUGACUCAGAAUGUGGUGCUUUUUGCUUUAGUCCGGGGAGCAGUUGGGAAGCAGGUCUGAAUUACUCAUAACCAAGAAGCUGCCCAGGUGUAGAAAGUUUCUCUGUAUAGAAGGUCACAAGUUUUUGCUGCUCCUUCCCUGUGGAAUGGGAUUGUUUUUCUCUACCUACCUCAGGUACUGUUCAGAGGCUGCAUUAAUCUGCCUAAUUCUUUUAUUUUUUAUUUUUUUAUUUUUCUUUUUUUUGUAGUUGAAGAUGGACAGAAUGCCUUUAUUUUGUUUAUUUUUAUGUGGUACUAUGGAUCGAACCCAGUACCUCACACAUGCCAGGCAAGUGCUCUGCCACUGAGCUCCAGACCCAGUCCAAAUCUGCCUAAUUCUUAACUCCUGUUUCUUUAGAGAAGGAAUUUUAAAAACUUAUUUUGAAGGGAGGUCAACUUUCUCUUAUUCCUACUGUUGCCCUAAGCUGCCCAAGGCUCUCUGAGUCUUGCCUCUGGAAGCAAGUUUUAUGUUCUAGCCACCCAUCAAAGCAUGUCCUUAGGGGCUGGGGGGUGUGGCUCAGUGGUAGAGUACAUGUACAAGACACUGAUUCAAUCAAUCCCCAGCACCAAAAAUAAGCCAUAGUAAAUAAGUAAGCAAGCAAAACACCACAUCCUCGACAGACUGUUCUUGUUAAGGUGUAAAGAUAUGAUAAGGACUUGCUGCUUUAUCCCUACAGAGAGCCAGACCUUCUGCCUCUGGAUGGGGUCAUUUCCAAAAUCCUGAGUCUUUUUUGAGAUUCACAGAAGCUUUACUGUCUAUGUCUUCAGAGGGAGCUUGUCAGGAAGAGCCCCCCAAGUGUUGUAAGCACAAGCCAAGAGUGUUCAAACAGGUCUUUACUGAUCUGGCCAGAAAAGGCCAGAGCCUCAGAUCAGUCAUUGCUGGGCUUCCUCUCAGCUGUGUCCACAGCUGCCUGAGCCACACUGGUCAGAGCUGGCUAACUGCCUACCCUGGGAAUCUUGCCACCUCCAACCCCACGCCCCCUGCACAGAAGCGCUAAGACCUGCUCUUUCACUUCUUUUUGGUGGUGGCUAAGGUUUGGGGAGGGGCAGCCUGAGGCAAGAGAAUGCAUGAAAUGGUGCUGACCUGUACCUGGGAAGGUGUCUUUGCUGCAAGUAUUUUUUCCAACAAGUUAAGUUUUUGGAAAAAGUUACUCAAUUUCUCCUCUGUAUCUUUAUUAUCACUUUUGAUUUUAUCCUUCCUCCUUUUUAAUAUGCUUACUUUUACAUACUUAUAAUAAUAUACACGUAAAUUAUUUUGUAUCCUGCUUUUAUCAUUCAACAUUAUGUUGUAAGCAUUUUUUUCUGUAUCUUUAUAUACCUUCACAAAUUUAUAAGGCUAUAUCAUUUUAAGGCUUCCAUAGAUUGACUGUACCAUAAUUUUUAUUCAUCCUUUAUUGUUGGAUUCUUGGUUUGGGGGUUGUUUUGAUAACUUUUUUUAAUUUCAAAACUUACAGAAAAGUUGGCAGGAAUGUUACAAAGAACUCUUAUAUACCCCUUGCCCAAAUUUAUGAAGUAUUCACAUUUUACCCCAUUUGCUUUAUGAUUUGCUUUAUCUACUGUAUUUACAUAUUGUAUUUUCUGAAUCAUUUAGAGUAAAUUGCAUACCAGUGAACCCCAUGGCCCCAGAAACUUCAGUUUGCAUUUCCUUAAGAACAAGGACUUUGUCAUAAGUAGUUAUCAAAACCAGAAAGUUGAACACUGAUACAUUACUUAUCUAACCCAUGAUCACCAUAUUUAAAUUUGUCAGUUGUCCCCAUAAUGUCCUUUGUAUCAUUUCUUUUUUGUUAUGCAGGAUCAUGUGUUACAUUUAUUUGUGACAUAUGAUUACUUGUCUCUCUCUUUUUUAAAAAAAAAAUUGUUUUGUUUUGUUUUUGCAGUACUGGAGAUUGAACCUAGGGCUUUGCAUGCUAGGCAAGUGCAUUAUCACUGAGCCCUACCUAUAUUCCCCAGCCCUACCUAUAUCUGUUUGAAUGCAGAAUUCCUCAGCCUUUGUCUUUCAUUAUGGUGACAUUUUGAAGAAUACAGGCCAGUUAUUUUGUAGAAUGUUCCUUAAUUUGCAUUCUUCUUAUGGUUCCACAUGACUGGGGUCUUCCUCUCUGGAUAGGAACAUCAUAGAAGUGAUAUCUUCUCCAUACCUCUGAAGUUGGCAUACGAUGUUGUCUCAUUAAUGUUGAUAAUAAAUCUGAUCACUUGGUUAAGUUGAUGUCUGCCAGGUUUUUCAUUUUAAAUUUACUAUUUUCCCCUUUGUAAUUAUCAAGUAAUUUGUGAAAGAUACUUUGAGAUCACACAAGUAUUUUGUUUAUUCUCUGUUAUAGCAUCCAUUGGUGAUUAGUCUUGCCUGAAUGAGUUAUUAUUACAAGGAUUCAGCAGUGUUAUUUUCCAGCUCCAUUAUGCCUUCUACAUUUAUUGGUUGGCACUCUCCUUCUAAAGAAAAGCAUACUCUUUCCUCAUUUAUUUAACCACUUGUUUAUCCAUAUGGAUACAUGAAUUCUUACUGUAUUCAGAUGCAAGAUAUUGCUUUGACUGUAUUUUGCUCAGACUGCCCUACAUUGGUAGCAGGCUCUUGUGUCUUUAAUUUUUGAAUACUUUCUGGCAUAACAAGAUGUUCUAGGCUCAUUCUUAUAUCUUCCUUGCCCCAGCCUUAGAAUCAGCCAUUUCUCCAGGAAGCCUUGAUUCUCUUUAAUGAAGAAUAGAAUUUAGAAACCAAGAUUUGGGUGUUGAGUGUGCUCAUUGUUACUGGGACAUCUUUGCUGCAAGGUUCUUAACAGACAGGACAAGAAAAUAUAUAGAUGUAUACAGAAAUAUUGUGAAAGGUAGAGAUACAGCACAUAAGUAGAUAUUAAAAAUCAUGAGGUGGGGAGUGUAGCUCAGUGGUAGAGGAGUUGCCUACCAUGCUCAAGGCAUGAUGGGUUCAAUCCCAUUACCACAAAAAUAAGAAAAAAAUCAUGAAUUCACAUUGAUAGUUCUAGUCCAGCCCUAUAAACUUAAUCUAGUCUGUCCCCUUUGCUACGUUUGUAACUCUUUUCUCCACAGAGGCUUAUUAUUUUUUUUUUGAGACUUAUUUUUAAAAUAACUUUUCUGUGCUUAGUUAAGCUCUAUCCAGUGAUCAUCUUGAUAUUUCAUUAUUUCCUUGGGAUGACUGCUCCUUUGGUUUCAAAACUUCCCUCUGAGUCUUCUGUGUCUCAAAACUGACAGGCCAGUUGACUUCAGGGCUUAUGCACUUCUGUGCAGUUUGUAGACAUGGAAAUUAAGAAGGCCAACGCAGGUGAGGGGUACUGAGCCAGAAGCCUCUACAGGGAAUAACAGGCACAAAUGAAUAAAUAAAUAAUAAAGGAAUAAAGGAAUAAAGAAAGGCACAAAAGAAGGAAAUUCAGGAGGAAGAAAUUGAUGGAGAAUGUGAUGCUUGAACUGUGUCUUAAAGGUGAAGAGGUGUUUGCUUCUUCUACCAGGACCAUUCUGCUUUCCUUUCCUGUCUGGCAGUUGGAGGUAGACACAGAUAUCUAGGGAAAUAGAAGUGCUUGGUGUGGCCAGAGUUGAAUCAGUGAGGUGAGAGUAACGAGCAGAAGCUGGAUCAUACUGCCUGAGAACUCAUGAGGCACUUUGAAUAUUACCCUACAAGUAUAGGAAGCUACCGAAGGGAAUUAUUUGUGAUUUAGACAUAUCAGAAAGUGUCAGACUGGAGGUCUCUACCUUGCUGCCAGGCUCCUCCCGACAUCCAUAGGGCUAAGGACAGUAAUAAUGGGGUUAGAACUCAGGAAGUUGGAGAUGCAACAACUGGGAUCUGGCCACCAACUUGAUGAGAGACCUGAGGGAGAAGGAGGUAGCUGGCAUGGCCCUCAGAUAUCCAGCUUGAGUAUUGGAUAUAGGUGACACAUUGUAACACAGUUUACAGGAGGCAAACAGGUUUAGAGCAGAUGGGAGGGGAAGCAGUUGGGACAGUGAAGCUCCUCUGGGUGGGAUGGGAGGCUGGUGGUUAGAGGUUGGGGGGAUGCAGAGUUUUAUUUAAAGGCAGGGCAGACUUAAGCAUGUUACAAAAAUUCAGAGGCGAGAAAGGGAACAACUAUCAGAGUCACAUCUGGGAGUAAAGGCAGCCCAGAGCACAGGAGGAAGCAGUUCCCAUGCUCACAGGGGAGCCUUACUGCUGUCUGCUAUGAGAAAGAAAUCUAUUGGAGGAGGGAAGGCAGAAGGGUUUCAUGCCUUCUUCUAGCAGGGACAUUCUGUUUACCUAUUUGAGCCAAGAGGUUUAGACAAAAGGUACGGAGAUAAGUCUACAAUUGCCUUGCUUGCCCCUGGGGUUAUCUCCUCAAGGAUCUGGAUUCCAACUGAAAGUCAGGACUUAGAGCUGGAGAAACUAUAAUUUUCAAUAUAAGUAUUCUGUGACAGAAUAAGUGAGUGGAGUAGAAAUAAAAUGGAUACAAAGUGUCACAUAUAAAUACUAGUAACUUUUAAGUCUUUGCAGAAGGCUUUUAUUCUGAAUGCACCUGUAGUUGGGAACCCUAAAUAAAAUAAAGAAUGCCUUUGCAGAAACUCAAAUCUUAAAAAGGAGAAUUGAUGGAAACCUGCUCAAAUGGGCAAAGGUCUUAUUGGGCAAAGUAUGGUGAUGGAAGGAGCAUCCUUUGCUGAGCAUGCUUAGGGCCUCCAUGAGGUUGAAGUCUAUGAAUAAUGGUUACAUCUAACCCCAAGAUGUGGGAUUUUCUCCACCAGUACUUGACAGCUUGGAAGGAACAAGGGAAAGAGAAUAGUGAUCCCUGCCCUAGCAGAAAAAACAACACAUCUUUGCUGCAGUUGGCACAUGCCUGAACUAUAUACUUUGUCUUUGAAGAUACUGGCUAAGAUUCUUUGUGCCAUGGUUGAGUAGUGUCAGGCCUGAGCUAAGAAUUAGAAAUGGACAACAACUCAAUCCUGUCCAGAAACCUUGGGAAUGGAGCAUAUGUCACCGUCGUGGGAUACUAGUUGUGUUAAUGCUUUGUGUUGAUGCUCCCACCUAACUAUAAACUCUGAGGUUAUAUGUCUUUAUCAUUUCAUGGCUCAAGAAAAAGAUGUAGUUCAAAACAGGUGUCAAAUAGAUACCUGUUGCAUGAUUAUUCAGUUGCAGAUUCUGCCACCUGGCAUUCACAGCCACCUGUGAGAGGACCCAGCUCACCUUGCUCUGUUUAUCUCCCAGUCCUCACAACAUUGUUGACAUUUCAUGGAAACUGAUUACAAACAUGCUUUUUCCCUUUCUCAUUUCUGUGACUGGAGGAGACUUUGUUAAUUCUUUGUACCUGUGGCAUUCUUUCUCAGUUCCCAUCCUUAUCUUCAAUUUCAGAAUUAUAACCAAUCUGAAACAGACAUUUUUCAACACUGUGGAUGGGCAUGUAAGUGUAAGGAGAUAGAAGGCAUUUACCAUGGUGUCAGAACUUCAGUGAGGAUCCUUGUAGACACUUCUAGAAACCAGGCCCAUGAAGACUAUCCAGAGAUGCCCAUUGUAAACUGUAUGUUUGUUUACAGUUGCAAAAACUGGAAUGAAUCUAAAUGUCCAUCAUGAAGGGAUCAAAUUAAUUAUGGUACAGUCAUACAGCUGGAUAUUACAUAGCCAUUGGAAGUGAUAUGUAGUUAUAUUUUUUGACAAGAAAAACUCAUUUUUGAGUGAAAAAAGCAGGUUAUAGUAUUGCAUGUAUGAUAUGAUCCACAUUUUAUAAAAUUUUAUAUAUGGGAAGGAUGUUAGUUAAAUUGUUAAAUAUAGUCACCUCUAGAGAUGGAAUUUUGCAUUAUUUUCCAUUUUUUAUACCAUUUAUAUUGCUUAAAAUUUCUAUGUAUUAUCUUUAUAAGCAGAAAAAUCAAAUAAAGCUAUUUUCAUUAUGGGAGAAAAAUUCAGUGCAUCCUUUGGGGCCUACUUCAUAAAUUCUCUGAAAAGCUUUCUCUGAUCCACUCUCAUCCCUAUCCCAUACAGGAGUGGGAGCUCCACUUCCUGUACCUUUUGCAUUGCACUGUAUUUGUUGUCCUUUUAAACUCUGGUCUCUACCUUAUGCAGUGCCCUCUCUGAAGUUAUCUCAUUAGCCUCCUAUGCAAUGAAUUCCUUAAGAUCAUAGACUGUGUAUUUUCUACUCAUCUUGGUACCCUCCUCCACCCUCAAAGGCAGCCUAUGGAAGAAGUAACUGUUCCUUAGCUCCACAUCAUUGCCAUAAAAGCCUGCGGCCCACUGAGUACAGAUCCUGAGAUUUUUCAAACAGCUCAGAAAUGUGGCCAUUUGGAGACUCAGUAGGCCCUACCAUGGUUGGUAAGACUGGUAUUCAGAGCCUUAGGUGGGCCCUGCGGGCUGACCCAUGACAGCCACCUGCCCCAUCAGGCUCACCCAAGAUAAGCCUUCCUUAUCUGUUGUGGAAAUGCCCCUGUGGCUAUGAUGACCAGACCUCUGGGACAGAAAGCUCCACCCACCCAAGGCAGCUCAGAGAAACCCAGCUGUUCAUCUUCCAUAGGAUGUACUAUGGGUCCAGAAAAACCCCACAGAAAAACCCUGGCCAGUCUGAGAUAGAACCUUUCCCUAAAGAGAUGUGACAACUGUUUCCAAAUGACUCUCCCCUCCGAACUUUAGUGCUCUUAGCUUCCCCUUCCAUUAUGAGUGGCAGCAGUGAUGACCACAGGGACCUAACCAGCAAGUCUCCCUGCAGUGGCACAUAAGUAGCCUUACCAGAUAAAAUGAUGAGGUGCACCUGGCAGCCAGGAAUAUGUGCAGGGCAAGGGACAGACUGCCCCUGGUAGCCUCUUCCCACUGUGGAGCUUAAUUAAACACUAUCUGCCAUGCAUUGUGCUCAAGGCUUUAAGACACCUCUACUCCAGUACCAUCAACCUGCAAGGUAGACAUUAUUACCUACAUUUAAAGAUUUGAGGCUCAGAGAACAAGCAGCAACACCCCAGAGCUAACAUUAACUACUAAGUUCUUAAAGGCCUCAAUAAAUCCAUACAGUAUGCCUGUUAAGGACAAGGCCCAUUCUGGUUCCCAUCCUCCGUUAGUGGGGGUUGAACCUAGUGCUUUGCACAUGCUGGGCAGUAUGUACCUGGAGCUGCGGGUAAAAGGGGGCUUUAUGUGCUGUCAGCAAUGGUAGAGGGUGAGGGCCCCAGCAAGGCAUGGCGGAAGCUGUGUGCUGUGUGCUGGCAUGGCGGUAAGCUGCAUUCCCAACCCUUUUUACUUUAUUUUGAGACAGAAUCUUCCUAAGUUGUCCAGGCUGGCCUCAAACGAGGUCCUCCUGCCUCAGCCUCCUGCGUAGCUGGGAUUACAGACAUGUGCUACUGUACCUAGCACAAGUUCCAUUUUGUUACUGACCUGACCUUGUAUGUAUCUGAGCCUCUCUGACCCCUUUGAGAUCCUCUUUCUCCAGACACACACAGGGGCACACAGCUGGGUACAGCUGGGUAUUAGGAGCAGCCAUUGGAAGCAGAGAAGCAGGUCUAGUGAGCAGCUAGGGAACUUUAAUGGCAGACACUAAAAACUAUUACAUUUGCUGAACCAGGUAUAGUGACGUAUGGUUUGAGGAGCGUUAGGAAGUUCUAUCACAAGAAAAAUUUGCUGUGCCAUGGAAAGUGCUGAGGCAGUGCUGGUGCAGCCCUGGGCGAGCAGCUGUCAUAUCUGGGCUGGGGAAAAGAGGUCCUGAGGAGUGACACUGCUGGCUGGGGCUGCAGGUCUGGAACCUGCUUGACCCUGAAAAGCAGGUUGCCAGCCUGCCCUGAGCCAGGUUUGCUCUCAGGGCUCUCAGAAGACAUUUUCUACAGAGGUGCCUUCUAAUCCAGCCCUUUCCAGAACCACUUCUCACAUUCAGGCCUCUCUCUCCUGUUUAUAAAAAUGAAGAGUUUAGGGGCUGGGGAGAUAGCUCAGACGGUACAGUGCUUACCUUGUAAGCACAAGGCCCUGGGUUCGAUCCCCAGCACCCAAAAAAAAAAAAAAAAAACAAAAA